UGCGCAUGCGCUCUUUAGUCGUCCAUCGACGAAGCAAACGAAAUGGCGGCCACCAACUCAAUCGAGGAAUUGUUGUCGUCUGAGGUGGACGAGAACGAAGUAAGUGCCUUAGUUGGGAGCCUAGAGUCGAGGCUGGCCUCGCCUACCCACAAGGAGUCGUCGCAGGAUGUAUCGGACAGUGUAGUUGUUCCCAUUACUGCUCCUGCGACGACGGACCGUGUUGGGAGCAACGGGAAUUCUGGUGCUACUAGCAAUAGCAAUGUUGGUGGAAGUGGUGCCACGAAAAGCACUGGAAAUACAACUGGUAUCGGAGCGACUGGCACCAAUCACAUCAACAACACUGCUACAUCGUGUGUCGGAGCAAACCUGGGAAUCGGUCCUGCCACGGCCCCCACCGUCGUGACUGUGGCAGCGUCAUCGCAACCCGCUUCGUCCACCGUCAGUGCCCCAUUCGCAUCUAUCCAGGCUGUCAGUCAAGGACAGAAGGGCAUCCCCUUGGUAACAGCAGGCGGACCCCAAAUGAACAAAAACACAGCACCAAUUUCCAAAGCACCUAUGGAUACCCAAAUUAUCGGCAUCAGUUCCAUCCUAAGUCCUACAAACGCGACAGUAACGGGCACUGGAGCCGGUGGUGUAGUUGGCACUGGGUCACCUGCUUGUGGAGCUACUACCGUACCAGGAGCAAGUGGUGUCUCUCUACUGAAUGUUAACACUCCAAAUACUGUGCAAAUCCCAACCAACAGCGGCAAAAUCGGAAAUACACAGACAAUUCGAAUCAUUACUCAAACAUCGUCGGUUGCAAACACCAACAACUCGAACCCAAAUGUUCCCUAUGUACAUCCAAUUGCGAGGCCACUGGGACCAACUCAACCACAACCUGUCCAGCAUCAAGUUGUAACGACAGACAGUAAUGGAGCGGCAACAGCUGUGCAGAAAAACACUGCUACCUCCGGCGUGGUCACCAACCAAACGAACCAAACAACAAACAGUGCUAUUUAUAAUCUGGCUACAAUUGCCGCCGAACGGAAACCUCUGAUGGUCCCACAUAUGACUGUCCAACAGACUAAGUCAAUGCAAACUGCUAAUCGAAUGACUGUCCGCGAGCAGAUUGACCAGAGGCAGGACAAAACUGGAGGACAGAAGAUUACAACUACCACCACCACGACUCCACCAGUUACUUCAACACCAAUUAUGAAACCCGAUCAAAGUACUGGCCACUUUGUUAUUAAGGAUACAACACGUAAUAUCACCACAGCAUCACCUAAAACAGAGAUAACCUGUUCUAGGGACACGAUGGCCCGUGUCACCUCGUCUGUUGUCACCUCAACACAGCAGAAUCUACAGAACGUACACAUAGUGAAGGGUUUGUCUCAACAAGUCAACCCUAAUGUCAUCACAGUUUCACGAACCCAACCUCAAGUCAGCAUGGUUCAACCUCAAAUACUCACCAAUAAUGCCACCCAAAUGAGAAUUGUAACUCUGAACAAUCAGAAUAUCCACACAUCUCGAGCUCUAACCGUAAAUGCUGGAAGUCUUGGCAAAACGACCAACAACCGUGUAGGGGCGGUUCGUAUAAAUACUUCACAACCAUCACAACAGAUCAACAUCGCCCCACGACCAGGAGGAACGAAUGCCAUUACUUUACCCACAAGCAUUCAGCUUCAACCCGGCACCGUAUUGGUGAAAAACGAACAAGGCCAAUUAGUUUUGGUUCAUGCGAGUCAGUCGAGUGUUCUACAACCACAGACAUCUACCAAUACUACUGUUUUACCAGGGAAACUGCAAAAUGUCAAGCCAAUGUGCAAUCAAGGUCAACCUCGACAGCCAACCUCCACUCCAACUAUUCUUACAAUCCAGCAACCGCAAGGACAAGCGACUACGUCCAGCCAUCACACAGUUCUGCGACAAACUGUCCCAGUUAACCACAAUCCUGUACAGGUGUCACCUGUCACUCAAAACAGUACAGGCUCAACAACCACAAUGCCAAGCACCAUACCUGUCGGACAUAAUCAGGCCAGCAAUGUAUUACCAAAUCAGAACAGCAAUAUGAUUGAUAACGUUCGGAAAUGUAAGAAUUUCAUGGCAACACUGCUGAAAUUAGCUUCUAAUCAGCGUCCUGAAACAAUCUUCAACGUGCGUGAGCUCAUCCAGGGACUGAUUGAUGGAAAAGUUGACCCCGAAAGUUUCACAGAGAAACUUCAAAUUGAACUGCAGUCUUCACCUCAACCUUGUUUGGUCCCUUUCUUGAAAAAAAGUUUACCUCUGUUGAGGCAUUCUCUCUACAUGAAUAAAAUGUCCAUUGAUGGGGUGCGUCCCCCUCCUCCUGAAGUGAUCCGGGUUCAGACCAUGUGUUCGGUGCCUAAUACAACUGUUAUGACACACACAAAACAGAACGUACACAGCCACACCCACAACAGAAUGACUCAUGUGACCACAGCCAAUCGCAUGACCACCCAGCCUCAGGUCCAUGGCGUUAUGUCAGGUGGACACAUUCAUCAACCCACUCAGACUAUCAUCAAACAGGUAUGCCCAGGUGGUCAAAUUGGCCAUGUCCAGGUACGUGGUGGUCAAGCUAAGAUGACAACGACAACCGUCGGUCACCCUGGCAUCACUGUCACCAAAUCUAACCUUGGUACAAUGACCACUGUUGGGAGGACCAACCUUCUCAACACAUUGCCUACAUCUACCACUAAUCUUCAAUCCCACAUGCAGAUCAAGAAAGAGACGUUGGCCCCGCACAAGGAAAAACGGAAAUACGAGUCUCUGAAAGAUGACGAUGACAUCAAUGAUGUAGCAACGAUGGGUGGGGUCAACCUGUCAGAGGAAACUCGCAAUAUCAUGGCUACCAAUGCUGACUUCAUUGGGACCCAGAUUCGGUCUUGUAAAGACGAAUGUUUUCUUUAUCACAGCCCACUCUUAAGUAGAAUCAGCUCAAUUGCCAAGAAAUACGGUGUUGAAGAGGUACCUUCCGAUGUUGCUAACAUUGUAUCACAUGCAACCCAAGAACGAUUGCGAGAUUUCAUUGAAAAAUUAUCUACGAUUGCUGAACACAGAACAGAAAUAUACAAAAUGGACAGCAGGUAUGAGGUGAAAAAUGAUGUCAGAUCAAUAUUGAAACAUUUUGAAGAACUUGAGCGACUUGAAAAGAAGAGACAUGAAGAACAGGAGCGAGAAAUGUUACUAAGGGUUGCUAAGAGUCGGUCAAAACAUGAAGAUCCAGAACAGUUGAAACUAAAGCAGAAAGCUAAGGAGUUACAACUGGCAGAGAUGGAAGAGAUGAGGCAACGAGAGGCCAACAUUACAGCCUUAGCAGCCAUUGGUCCCAGAAAGAAGCGGAAAACAGAAGCAGGAGACUCGAAUCAGACUGGCUCAUCAACAUCUCUCACAAAUGGUGGAGUAAGUUCAUCUUCAGUUCGACCUGUUGUGUCCCGGCCACGUAUCAAACGUGUCAACCUGAGAGAUUUGCUAUUUUUGAUGGAACAAGACAAAUCUUUAUGCAGAUCAACGCUGAUGUAUAAAUCAUUUUUUAAGUGACCUCUUCUUUACCACAACCACUACAACUACUACUACUACUACUAUUAAACACUGUUACCACCACUACUACUAAACACCAAGCGACACCCUCCUCCCCCCAUACCAUCGCACCUCAUUCCCCCCAUGACCCUCUCAACUGGACUGACUACAGCUUUCCCGACCCCCCAAACUCUCCCUGUGUUGGUGUGUUAAGUGACUUCUUACACUUUCAUCCUUUCAAAGAGGAAGAGAGUAUGAGAGAAGGGGGCAAGGGGCAGAAAGAGGGGUAGCAAGAGGAGGAGGAGGCAGACGAGGAAUGUGAUUUUGACCCCAACUGAAAUUUAGUCCACUGCACCCUCACCACCACCACCACCCCCAUCAUCAUCAUCAUCAUCAUCACCGCCACCUUCACCAUUGCAUGCCAUCAGCAUCACCACCAGCACCACAAAACCAACAUCAUUGCACCUUUUUUCACUCAUUAUUUCAUUAUCACUGAGUACAGGGGUGGGGGAGGGUUUGUGUUUUUUGGGGUGGUAGAGUAGGGUGGGGUAAGUUGUUACCCCAGCAACCAUAACAACAACACAUUAAAUUGUGGAAAAAAUGGUUCUAUCCUUUGAUCAUCUUCCCUGAACUCACCCCUGCUUCAUAAUAAUAAUAAUAAUAAUAAUUAUACUAUGGCAGUGCUCUAGAAUAGUCGUCACAACUAAACCAGUUUUGUUAGUGAAUGCCUGGUGUAUUACUGGUAUUUAUUUUGGGAUUGCCAGGAAUACAAAAUACAACUACUAUGUUUUGGCUCUCUUCACCUUCCUCAACCAAUAAUAAUAAUAAUAAUAACUGAGGUGAGUGUACUCCAUAGAGUACAAUGCAGACAUCCUUUUCGCCUCUCUGUACUCUGUUGUCAAUAACUAUUUCAGAACUCUGGAUGUGCCACACUGGACAAGCAAGGAGUUGGGGGUUCAAAUCACUCUCAUCAUUAUGUUUGUCACACUUAUCUGUUUCUAGCACAGUCUUUGUAGCUGUAAGUAGGUACCACCAUACGCUAUGGUUUAUAGUCCACUGCAGCAGAUGACCAACCAUUUAUGUAACGAUUUUAGAAAAACAACUCGUUAACUGUGCCGACAUUGUUAAUAAUUACAUGAACACCAUUUAUCAAUGUAAACUUGGUUUGAGUUUCACCCACUUGGCUCUGCGCUACCACCUUGACUACAGCACUACCCUGCACCAAACUGCUCCAUUGUAUCAGACUAAAAGAGACCCUAUCCUUUUCUCUCUUUUAUUGAAUCCCUUAAUCCCCUUUAUUGGUGUAGUUGUAGAAGCCAGUUUGUAAACCCUUUUCCUUCUUUACUGGAUCAAUGAUGACAAUAAUAAUAAUAAUAAUGGAAUUCCUCUUUAUUGCUACUGUUGUUGCUGUCAGCCGUUCAGUACAUGGAGCUGUUGUUGUUGGUGGUGGUAAUUGUGAACAUUCGGUGGAUGACACCAUACUAGUGGUACCUGCUUAGAGAUCAAAGUUGUCCUGUCUUCUUUCCUCCAGAUUAUAUCACCCCAAGAUGUCCAUCUCCCUUUUAAGACAAAAGGGUGUGAUUUGAGAUAUAUUUAGCUGCCAUUUGUAGCAAGUCAAACGACCAUGUAGAGACUCCCUCCCUGACACUUAGAAGUCACCACUGAUGUGUUUGUGCUUGGUGUUGGAGAAGGCAUCCAGUCAUA